AUGGCGGCGACCGCGACAACCACUUUGUCCCUGGUCCUCUUCCUUUCCCUCUUAUCGGCAUCGACCAUCUCCGAAACCCAAGCGCAGGCGGAGUCCAUCGUUCAUGUGACGAGCAAACUACCAGGCAACACGGACGCGAUGCACAUACACUGCACCUCGAAGGACUUGGUCGUGAUCUAUCGGGAGCUGAGGGCCGGCCAGAGCUGCAGCUGGACUGCCGAGGAGAAGACGCCCUCCUACUGCACGGCCGGGUGGACGGGGAAGAUGGCAACAUGGCCAGCGUUUGAGCCGAGCCGCGACGCGGGCCACGGUAAGGUGCUUUGGUUGGUGAAAGAGGAUGGGUUCUACCUUAGCCGGGAUGGCAGUCGGUGGGUCAAGGAGGCUGUUUGGAAUUAG